UUAAUCCUUCCUCCUCGUUGCAAGGCAGUCAUGACUCUGCAGGGUGUCAGGGUGGGGGGCAUGCUCGGAGCGGCGGCCCUGCUCCUGCUGCUGCUCCAGGGCACGCACAGUCAGAUGCACACCACGGUGGAGGUCAUGAAUGACAGCUGCGACGCGCAGCUGCAGAGCCUCUGGAACAACUACACGUCGCCGCCAGUGUCGCCCGUCGCUGGCUGCAAUCAGUCUUGCCUCGCGGCCUGCUACGACACCCUCAACUGGGCCAUCUACUCGGAGAAGAAGCAGGACUGCCCCUAUCAGACGGACAUCAUCCGCUGCAUGCAUGUCUAUCGCGCCCAGUGGAUCACAUUCGUGAACGAAUGCGCACUGUUUGAGUAUGGCGUGUCGACCAGCGCGGAGGCUGAAGGGGAGGGCGAGUCGGGCAGCUCCAGCUCCACCCCAACGAGCCCUGCCGACAGCGAAACAACAGCCGAGGGCAGUACAGCGGAGGGGUCCACAACGGCUGAGGGGUCUACGACCACAACAGCCGAGGGCGAGGCUGAGGCAGGCAGGCGGCGUGUGCUGUUGCAGGAGGCAGAGGCCGCCCUGGGCGCUAGCGGCGUCGACGUUUACAAUGGCUGCUUCCCCACCUUCCAGAACUCCUCUGAGUAUGAGGCGUACAUCAACGGCGAGUACCAGUUUGCAACGAGCUCUGAUGCAGUGGGCAUCACGCUCAGUGUCCUUUUCUACGUCUCGCUGCUGCUGUGUGGCCUGGGCCUGCCCAAGUUCAUCAAGGCGCCGCUGGGCAAAGCCAAGGCCAAGCUGUUCGGCUGCUGUGGGGGCCGCAACAAGAAGCCAACACAGCUGCAGGCACCGCUGCAGCCGCAGGACGCGCCGCCCUCCGAGACGGGAGGCCUCCUUUCCAAAACCGAGGCGGCAGCCGGCUCCUCUGAUCAAAGUGGGUCACCCGCCGCCGAGGCGGUGGGCUUUCCUCCCAAGGCUCCGGCCACUGCUGCCUCUGCCUCGUGAGGCAUAGUGCAUAGCGCCAAACCCGCUCGCGGGUGGCAAGCAUGCACCAGGGAUGCCUAGAGCCUAGCCGUUAGCAGCUGGGUGCAUUCAACCCUGCGCUGUGCAACAAACGGGCGUGGAAGCAGAGCAUUAUUCUGGCACACUCUUGCUUCAUUUUUCUGAGCUGCGUUUUGUUUUGAAGAUGACCGGCUGCCUUUGCUUUUGUUUCCCUCUCCCCGCUGAAAUCCAACCUCCUGCCUAUUCGCUCGCUUCAACGCGCUCUAACACUACAGCUAAAUUUACAACAUUGCGCUGGCGUUUUAUCCAUUUAACAGCUGCAGUGAAGUU